ACUAUUUCUUUGAAACAAAAAUCGUCGGUAAUAUUUUUGAUACAAAAUAAUACCUCAGCGAUGCUGGACAACGCAUUUAUUACACCAUUUUAUCUUGAUAUAUCUAAUUAAUCUUGAAUAAGACAAUUUUGUGAUUGUUUAGUUCAUUUUUUCACUAAUUAAAAAUUGGUGAUUUUUCGAAACACUGUUGGUAGACAUGUCCCGGCUCCCUUCAUAACUUACAAGUACGCCAUGAGCCAAGAUUUGUGAAAAGGGAGUGUAAUUUGUUUUGUGUUUUAAAUAUAAAAACCGAUUAAAGAUUUUAGAAUGUCUUCAGCUGGUUCGAGUGGAUCAGGGCGUGGGAGAGGUAGUCAGGCAGCUGUUGGGGAUCAAAAAGAAGCAAAAGAAAGUAAACCUAAUCCGAAAAUGUCCAAAGCUCUUGGAACUUCUGCGAAAAGAAUUCAAAAAGAAUUAGCAGAAAUCACUCUAGAUCCACCUCCAAAUUGUAGUGCUGGACCAAAGGGGGAGAACUUCUACGAAUGGGUAUCGACUAUUUUGGGCCCCCCAGGAUCCGUUUACGAAGGAGGAGUUUUUUUCUUGGAUAUACACUUUUCACCAGAAUAUCCAUUUAAGCCUCCCAAGGUGACUUUCCGCACUAGAAUUUACCAUUGCAAUAUCAACAGCCAAGGGGUUAUUUGUUUAGAUAUUUUGAAGGAUAAUUGGUCACCAGCCUUAACUAUAUCUAAGGUCUUAUUGUCAAUCUGUUCCCUGCUUACCGAUUGCAAUCCAGCUGAUCCCCUUGUAGGCAGUAUAGCGACGCAAUACCUGCAAAAUCGAGAAGAACACGAUCGUAUCGCACGAUUAUGGACUAAACGUUAUGCCACGUGAUUCAAUUAUGCUCUCAAAAUACAGCUUCACACUUCCAUAUUUCGAGGUCACUCCCUUUGCCAAAUCAAAUGGCAUAAAAUUUAUUCUUCAUCUUUAUCAUUUGUCAUUUAGGUCAGUCUGUGUGAGUAGAAAUGAAAGGAAUUCAUAUUAAAACAAAAUUUGUACGUUUAAUUUGUUUAAGUUGAUUCGUUUAUAGGAGAUGGUCCAUAUAUGUUGCGAUGAACAUCACAAAGUGAUCGAUUUUCGUUUUUUUUUUCUGAAACAUUUCGUAUUGUCACGUUUUUUGAAAAAAAUUGAGAGAUAAUGUGCCAAAUUGUUAUAAUUUGCUUAAAAUUAUCCAUUGUAAUGUCAUUGAGUACUCAACGUAGAAAAUAUCAUUUCCUGAUUUGGUUUUUAAGUUUUCUGGUAGGAAAAGUUAGUUUAGUGUCUAUCGAUACGAAUCUAAAAGGAAAACGUGAAUUUUUUACUUUGUUAUUUAUUAGCAAAACUUUUUGUAAAGACUGAAUUGUACAACCCCCUGAACGGAGCAAUUUGAACAAUUUCUACGCGAUUUAUUCUUUAAAGGGAAAUCUACAGGCUGACCUAAUUAGUCUGUCUCCAUGUUUCACAUCCUUUAAGUUUGUUCAUAACAUUUUUAGUUUAUAACGGAGUAGAUUUAAAUGCAAAUUUAUGUGAAUAAAAUAUAUUUUUUUUAAUAACUAAAUUAUAUAGUAUAGUCUUGUCGUUUUCUUUUUGUUCGAGUGUCCGGAAAAAUGUUUACGUAUUGAACAAAAAAUCUGUGAUUAUAAAUGAUGUAUUACGAUGGUAUAGUCUAUUCGUACGUAUAGAAAAGCACAUAUCCAUUGAGGGGAACUUCUCUAUUCCAUUUUUUUCCAUUUUCUCUCCCCCAUUAGCGAAGCUACAAGAAAAUUCCUCCCCGGAUAUUUAUUCUAAACUUAUUGGCCCAAAAAAGGACACCAUAAAAAAUCUAACCUAAAACAUUUUUUCAUGAUGAUAGCAAAUUUUGAUGAAUAUAUUUAAACUCGAUCCAAUCACGAAUACAGGGCGAUUUAGAAAUAUUAACUUUCAAAUUAUGGUAUACAAAGUAUCUUUUAGAUCUAAUACGCUAUCGGACUGAGUAUAAUUCAUUUUUCUGGACACGUUUCUAAUAUAAUAAAACAAUUUUUUUUUUUUUCAGAAAAAAUGUUUUUAACAAAAGGCAGCUCAUCUCCAUUUUUUUUUUCAGUAAAAAUUUUAUACUUUUGCAUUAAACUCCGUGUCGACUACACACCCGAGCUUAACAAAUAAAUUGGACCGAAAUAUUGAAAUUACUGUCGAGAUUUUUGUUUAAAUAGUUUUGUGGUAGAAAAAAGGUUCAUUUUAUUUGUCUAGUUCCACCUACUUGUGACUUCUAUUCGUGCAAUUUAUCUCCGUAGAUUGCUUCUUGUUCGAAAUAUAAGGUCUCUUAAAACAUGACUUUGGAAAUAAGUUGGUUUUGAAUUCGUGGGACAAAUAUCAUGCUACAAUAGUUUUGGAUCACCCUGUAUGUCGAUGUUAUAAAUAGAACGAAUAAUGAUAUUAUUUCUAUCCUUGUCUGUUCAGGUGACCACAGAAACUAACGUAAUUAGACGUUUUUGUUGCUUAUAGAAUUUUUUUAGGUUAGUUUUAUUUGCUAUUGUGAUAAUUUAGGGAAAUUGCAUUCUAACCGUUGGUAGCAGUGGUGGAAUCGGUGUUGCAGAUUUAUUGAUUUUACAAAGCGAUUUGUAACUUGACAAAAUGUGUUGGGGAAAUUGAAUUUUAAACGUUGGUAGUCGUUGAUGCAAGAUUUGUCACUUUAAAUUCUAUAUAAAUAAUUGAUAUAAUACAUACAACGUGGCAACGGUGCUAAAUGUUUAUCUUUAAACUUAUAAAGUCUUAAAAUCAUUAAUAAAAAUGUCUAAUUAUAACUUUUUGUUUAAUAAAUUCAAUUCUGUUUGAAAAAAAAAGGUCAAAUGUUACGUUUAUUCUUCAAAACAUACAAUAGCGCCCUAUUAAGUCAUAAAUUGACGCCAUGUUGUGCUGGCGAAUAGUUCGACGUGGAUAAUAGAUAAAAAACUAUAGUUAAAAGUAGUUUUUGUAAAAAUUGGUCGACCAUAGAUAAAAAAAAAACUGUCGCGACAGUUUUGGCACCAAAAACCUCCCUUUAUCGAACAUUUCUUAUUGUCCAAAACACAAUGUUUACAUAAAGUCUCGUUUUAAGACCGACAUAUAACCAACAUUUUUAUUAUUUUGUUCUUUUUGAUGUGAUAGGUAUAUUUAUUUUUUUUUUCCUAUGGAAGCGUAAUGAAAUUAAAAAAAAAACAAUUACUUCCAAAUGGCUUGUGUAAAGUAUCCUUUUUUUUACUAAAGUUUAAGAGAAUAUGGACUAUUCUUCUAGUAAGUAUUGUUUUAGUUGGUAUUGUAAUAAUAAAAUUUAGUAUGUAGA